AUGUCCCUCCUCCGCUCUUGCGCGCCAUCUCUGCGCUGCUCGCGUCGUUCAUUUCAUCUGAGUGCCGUAUGGGGCAGUAGCAGCGCAAAUGCAGUGAAGACAAAACCUUCACCAACGACUGAAGAUGACCCCCUGCCUCUACUGAAUCGUCCGCUUGGCGUGGUCCAGCGCCCAAGGACGAGUACUAAAACACGGACAGAGAAGCUCCAGGAAUAUAUGAACCAAGAUGCGAUAAUAGAAGAAAGGAGACAUAUCAUCAAGGAAGCCGCGAAAGGCUACUUCGAUGACCUGAACAACACUCGGCGACAUGGUGGGAAGACGUGGAUAGCCCCACAGACCUUAAUUCGCGAAGAUAAAGCGCUAUACCUCCCGAAUAUCUCCGGGAAGCCUCUGGUUGGCAAAAAGGCCGUGAACACGACUACCAUGUGUGCGGGCCGAAUAACAGUUCUAGCAAUGCUCGGAACCAAGAUCUCUGAGAUACACGCGAAGGGAUUCGUAGAUCCUACUUACGAACAUUAUGGAACCCACCCAUUGUUCCAAUAUGUUCAAGUCAAUUUACAGGAGAACCUUCUCAAGUCCAUCCUUGUCAAUCUCUUCACGAAAUCUCUUCGCAGUACGAUUCCUCCGGAAUUACAUCCAUAUUACCUGGUUUCCAGCCAAAAUAUGGAAUACGUUCGGGAUGCCAUAGGCAUGACGAACAGCAAAGUUGGCUAUGUGUAUUUGAUUGAUGAAAACCUCAAGAUACGGUGGGGAGGGUGCGCGGAUGCGAUGCUCGAGGAAACACAAGCGCUAGAGACGUGUACUGGUGUCCUGAUAAAGCGGUUAGACAAGCUGAAGCCUCCGGGGACACGCCCUCGCACGUAG